AGUUAUUGCAUUUGAAAUCAAACAAGUACUUAACGGUGAACAAACGUCUGCCAGCUUUACUCGAGAAAAAUGCAAUGAGAGUGUACUUAGAUAGUAAUGGAAAUGAAGGAUCUUGGUUUUACAUUUUGCCCUUUUAUAAACUAAGGGCUACUGGUGAUGACAUUGUACUUGGUGAUAAAGUUAUUUUGAACCCCGUAAGCCCCGGCCAACAAGUACUUCAUGUAUCGAGUCAUAAAUUACCUGAUAAUCCAACUUGCAAGGAGGUUAAUAUUGUAAAUGGAAAUACUUCUUGGAAAGUAACAUUAUUCUUGGAGCACAAGGAGAAUUUAGAGGAAAUAUUGAAAGGAGGUGAUGUAGUGAGAUUAUUUCAUGCUGAACAGGAAAAAUUUUUGACUAUGGAUGAAUAUAAAAAAGAACAUCAUGUAUUCUUGAGAACAACAGGGCGUUCAAGUGCAACAGCUGCCACCAGCAGUAAAGCUCUAUGGGAAGUUGAAGUAGUACAACUCGAUCCAUGCCGAGGAGGAGCUGGUCACUGGGAUUCUGUAUUUCGAUUCAAGCAUUUAGCAACAGGACAAUAUUUGGCUGCUGAUGUUGACAAUGAUCAUGAUAUCGAUGAAGAUAAAAAAAAUCUGAAUGAAAUAUCUGAAACACUCUCCUACCAUCUUGUCCCUUUGGGAAACAUCUAUGACAUUGCUACUCUAUUUGAAUUGGAUGCAACCAGCUUAACCAGGGGAGACUCUCUAGUGCCACAGUCAAGUUAUGUGAGAUUACAUCAUAUAUUCACAAAGAGUUGGGUACAUUCUACUUCUGAAUCAAUCGAUAAAGAUGAAGAGAAGCCUGUGAUGUCCAAAGUGGGAUGUGCAGUAAUGAAGGAAGAUAAAGAAGCCUUUGCUUUAAUAGCUGUUUCUCCCGUUGAAGUUAGAGAUUUGGAUUUUGCUAACGAUGCUUGUAAACUAUUGUCAUCUUUAUCGGCUAAACUAGAGCAGGGGACUAUUUCGCAUAAUGAAAGAAGGUAA